GUUGAUCAGUCAGUUCAGCCUCUUCGACGCCAUAUUCGAAAUGGCGCCUGUCGCAGGGUCUUCAAAGGUGACUUCCCCCCAUGAUUAUACCGAGGGAGCGUCCACCGUCGAUAUUGAGGAAGCCGUGACCAGCAGCAGGCGGUCCCGACGUGAUUCCCAGCACAGUGCAGGUGGCGAAGGCGCUAUAUUCUCUGGCCCUGGCCACAGCGACUUUGUCAACCCGAGCAGCGUGUCAAGGAUGUCUCAUAUAGAGCAUGGCAGACGUAGCAGCGAAGGGCACUCUCGCAGUCGUCGACUCAGUCAGGAAUCGCGAGUCUCGGGCCGGCAGAAGGUAUCACGAAGAGACAGUGAAGUAUCACGACAGAGCAUACAUCUAGAGGACGGCUCCGACGAAGGAGAUCGCAGCACGAUGUCGUGGGAAGGUCGUCGACCGAGAGCAGAUUCUCCUGCUCCUAAAGCGAACGUAUUCGAGAACCUCGCAAACCUCUUUGUCCGGAGUUCGUCACCAGAUCAACCGCGGCGUCCUGCCCUCUCCCGACGGUCUUCACGCUCCCAGAGCAGACGUUCGCGUCACAGCAGGCAAUCAGAUGCAAGCUCUGACUACGCCGUGGACACCGAAGACGACGACGAAGAGCGCUGGGGAUACUCUUCAGGGGAGGAAGAUUCAGAUGACGACUCUUUUGCGAAUACUCUUCCUGACAAUAUUUCAGUAUCCGCAAGUAUGGAAUAUGAUUCAGACCCACCGUCACCUGGUAUGUCUCAAGGUCUGCCCCUUCUCACCUCGGACCAGAUAUUUGGCGGUGAAUCACGAAUUGACAUGGAGAUACCUUUGGCUUUACUCCCACCUCCACCGCCGGGUCCGCCGAGUCGGCAGACGAUUCACAUUCCUGACGAAGAUAGUACUAUACGCUUAAUUGGAUAUGAAAUAGUUGCCUGGCGUCAAUGGGCUUGGCGUAUAGGAUGCGUUUUCUCGUUUGACAUCCUAGGUCUCUUAGGCCACUGGUUUCCCGUACUCUGGCUGCGAUGGUGCGCGCGCGAGAAAGCAUUCAUUGACGCAAGCAACGGGUUCGUUGUCGUAGAGUCGGCCUAUAGAGACAUCGCUAUCUUCCCUAUUCACACGAUCAAAUACCCCUAUUCUCUGUCCACAGUAUUCUCAUCACCUCUAGACCCAGCAUCUAUAAUAGACUCGUCAUUGAAGACGGCCGACGGGCCAGACACAGGAGAAGAUGCUUUGUUGCGCAAAUUAUCUAUUUUGGAUUACCGCUAUUCGCGGUUCGCUUUGGACCCUAGAACAGGAUUAUUUGGUGUAGUAAGGGAUUGGCGAGAUUCAUCCUGGGUUGGAGUUGCGUCUGUUCAGAAUGGUCUAACGGAUGAUGUCCGCAAACAGCGUGUUACGUUAUUUGGUCCUAAUGCCAUCGACAUUGAAGGUAAAUCCACCGUCGCUUUGUUGGUGGAAGAAGUGAUUCAUCCCUUCUAUGUCUUCCAAAUUGCUAGCAUCGUUCUCUGGUCAUUGGAUGAUUAUUACUAUUAUGCAUUUUGCAUUGCGCUGAUCUCCGUCAUAAGCGUAACAACGACACUUAUCGAGACUAAGAAGACAAUUACAAGGAUGCGGGAAAUGUCCCGGCUAUCGUGCAAGAUGGAUACUCUGGUCAAUGGUGUUUGGACAGAGCGCGAUUCGAGCAGCCUUGUGCCUGGAGACAUUGUCAACCUCUCGAGUUCUGACUUCACAUUAAUUCCGUCCGAUAUGUUUCUUUUGUCGGGUGACGCAAUCGUUAACGAGAGCAUGCUUACUGGCGAGAGUAUUCCGGUCAGCAAAAUACCGAUCAAAGACGAGGAUCUCCUGAAUUGGAAAGAAAACAAGCCCGAGAAUCCAAAGGCCUAUAUGUAUGGAGGAACCCGUGUUAUUAGAAUUCGCGGUGCUCUAGGUUCUGAUGCAGGACCAGGAAGACCUGCGCUCGCUAUGGUUGCCAGGACAGGCUUCAAUACCACAAAGGGGGCACUGAUCCGUUCCAUGCUGUUCCCAAAACCAAUUGGGUUUAAAUUCUACCGUGACUCUGUUCGUUUCAUAUUUGUUUUAGCGGGAAUUGCGGCUCUAGGAUUUAGUACCAGUGCCAUACAGUUCAUCAGGAUUGGACUCAAAUGGCAGACCAUCAUCAUACGUGCUCUGGAUCUCAUUACUGUUGUAGUUCCACCCGCCCUGCCUGCGACAUUGUCCAUCGGUACUAGUUUUGCCAUUGGAAGACUUCGAAAACUAGGAAUAUAUUGCAUAUCGCCAAGUAGGAUCAAUGUUGGUGGGAAAGUCAAUGUCUGCUGUUUUGACAAGACAGGCACACUAACUGAGGACGGAUUGGAUAUUCUGGGUGUAAGAGCUCUUGAUCGCAAUGAUCAAAGAUUCGGUGAACUGAUCGAUGACGUGUAUGACAUGCCGCUGGGGAAGGACAAUGCCACGUUCUUGCAUGCUCUCGCGACUUGUCAUUCGUUGAAGAUGGUGGAUGGGGAACCUCUCGGUGAUCUACUCGACAUGAAGAUGUUCUCGUUCACUAAAUGGACGCUGGAAGAAGGACGGGUUUCUGGUACCGGUAUUAUUAAAUCAAAAUCUGGCACAAUCAUGGAACAAGCUGCGCUGGUCCAGAUAGUUGUACGCCCUCCAGGAAGUGCCCAAUUUCGAUUAGAAGAUGCAUUUAAAGGAGCCACGAAGCAUGCGCAUUUCUUGGAGUUGGGAGUAAUCAGAACAUUUGAAUUCGUAUCCGGUCUUCGACGAAUGAGCGUUAUUGUCAAGAGGCUCAAGAGCAGCAGCAUGGAAAUAUAUGUCAAAGGUGCACCUGAGGUUAUGGGCGAUAUAUGCGACCAAGAUUCUUUUCCAGAAGAUUAUGACGAUUUGCUAUCUUACUACACAAAGCGUGGCUACCGAGUCAUAGCCAUAGCAGGUAAGAGCAUUGAGGGUUUAUCGUGGUUGAAAGCUCAGAGAAUGAAACGAGAACAAGCAGAAAGCGGGCUUCGCUUUCUUGGCUUGGUCAUAUUCGAAAAUAAGAUCAAGCCUGGAACUGGGCCUGCAAUCCACGCCUUGCGCUCCGCACAUCUUGCAUGUCGCAUGAUCACUGGAGAUAACCCACUGACUGCGGCCAGUGUAGCCAGAGAAUGUGGUCUUAUUAAUCAGGCUGCUCAUGUCUUUUAUCCCAUGUUCGUUCGAGGGAACACCUUGACGCCGCAGUCUGGACUGGAAUGGCCAUGCAUGGAUGACCCUUCCUGGACACUCGAUUCGUAUAGUUUGAAACCUCUAGUUCCGCCAGCUCAUCAUACUGUUGAAGCAGUUGAAAUCGACUAUCACGACUAUGCACUCGUAGUGACAGGCGAUAUCUUUCGGUGGAUGAUCAACUAUGCGCCGUUCGAAACGCUGCAGCGGAUGCUGGUGAAGACCCAGAUCUUUGCGCGCAUGUCUCCAGACGAGAAAAAUGAGGUAGUAGAGCGGUUGCAAGCACUCGGGUAUACUGUGCUCAUGUGCGGAGACGGUGCCAACGACUGCGCUGCCUUGAAGGCUGCUGAUGUAGGCAUAUCUCUUUCAGAGGCCGAAGCCAGUGUCGCUGCACCAUUCACUGCGAGCACUCCGGACAUUGGCUGUGUCACUGAGCUCAUCAAAGAGGGUAGAGCUGCCCUCGUUACCAGUUUCAGUUGCUUUAAAUACAUGGCCUUGUACUCAAUGAUCCAGUUCACUACAGUGACCCUGCUAUACUCGUUCGCGUCAUCUUUGGGUGACUUUCAGUUCCUUUAUAUUGAUCUCUUCAUUAUAAUCCCUGUGGCCAUUUCAAUGGGUCGUACUCUCCCCUAUCCUCGUAUCCAUCCGAAGCGACCAACAGCGAGCCUCGUAUCCAGAAAAGUCUUGAGUAGCAUCAUUGGGCAGAUUGCAAUCACAUGUGUUGUGCAAAUCUGGGCUUAUCUGUGGGUUCGUGAACAGGAAUGGUAUACACCUCCCCAGGAGGGUAAAACUUCCCAAGGUAACAAGCUAGAGUCAAGGAAUUUCGAGAACUCUGUCUUGUUUUUGGUGUCAUGUUUCCAAUAUAUCCUGGUGGCUGCUGUUUUCAGUAUAGGUCCACCUUACCGGAAAGCUAUGCAGACGAAUACUCUUUUGAUGAUGGCUAUAGGAGUCCUCUCCACGUUUAGCUUACUAGUCUUACUGUUUGCACCGGCUGUUUUGACGGACUGGUUGACCCUGAUGGUGCUCCCUCCGCGUGCCAGGAUGGUGCUACUGAUGGCGGUGGUUGUCAACAUUGGCGUUUCUCUUCUUUUCGAACAAUAUGGUGCACAAACGGUGGCGACGGCCAUUGGAACGGUUCUAAGUUGGCGGCGAGGUCGCCGGCGGGAUAGAGACGGGAAGGUGUACAAAUCAGUUGAGGGUGGGAUGCGGUGAGCUUAGUCGAGUAGUUUACUUGAGUUUACGGUGGUGAUGGUUGAUAUACUGGUUUCCAACUGUUA